CGAUCGCUGCCGCUGGGCCACGCUCAACACAACGAACUCUCUUUCCGCCCGGCAACAGGCAUUAAUCAACACGGUUUUACUAUCGACUGAAAGAAAUCUGAAAUGUUUGGGCAGCUCACCGUCCCAUUAUUUCUUUUGCUUUUAGCAAAAGAAUUGCAAAGUACGGAUGGAUACGUGUUUCCAAUCACGAAGGAAGGUUUUGUGACUGCCUGCGUCUCAGACGAAACACCAGUUGCGUUCGUGAAGAAUUACCAGAGUAGAAAUGAUGAUGACACAACGGUUGAUGUCGUGGAUUUAAACGGAAAUGCAAUUCCUCUUGCUGAUCACGAUUGCAACUUGGUGCGAGAGGGAGGCUGCGAGAAAUGGAAUCUCAAUGGAUGGGAAAAGCAACGAAACACGCGGGGCUCAUUCCCGAUGGUCACUGAUUACCGCUGGAAUGAUUUUCCGGUGAUAUUUGUGAAUGAAUUAUAUGCUGAGAACACCAUCAAAAUAACCAAUAACCAGAAUACCAAGAUGUAUUUUUCGAUUUUGGCACAUGAAGCGGCGCAAUUCCUUUUCACCAGCGAUUCAACUUUAGAUAGCGGAUGCAACGCCGUUAUUGACGCAUGGCAAUCAGAGCAUAAAUCUGUCAUAAGGGAUUGCCAUAAAAUAAGUGGUUAUCUUGAUACUACAACUAGUAACGUUUGGCCAAGUUGUGGUGAAGUGUAUCAAAGUAUAGCGGGCCGUGCUGUUCUCAAAGAAGGGAAGAAAUGGGCACAUGCCACACUGGAAAUUACAAUCGAUGAAGACGAUACAAGCAAUUCUCUGAAUAUACAAGAAAACAUUUAUAUCAAGUUUUCUGCACACAGCUCUUGCAUCAGAGGAAACAGAGCCGGCGAUUUUUCGGUUUCCUUCAGGAGUUCAAAACGUAGAAAAGGCCUAUUCAAAAGACAUGAUUAUUCCAUCAUUCGACCUGUGGAAGCAUCAAAUUCAAUGGAGGUGCAACUGGAGGAAGAUUCGACCAGCUCGUUUUGCGUAGACGUCGUGUUUUUAACAAAUGAAAGAAUUACUUCAGGCAACAAAAUAUUCUCGGUUGAAGUCGUGGACGCAACAGGAUCAAAGAUAUUUGACAAAACAGUUCAAUCAGCGGACAAUUAUUUGAAAUGGACCACGGAGAGAUUUGGAGCAAGAGAUAUCACACCGAAAAAGGGUUGGAAAAUCAAAUUGACUGCACAUGAUAAAUCACUUGUCAUUGGAGGCGUUAAAUUCUGCAAAGAAGGAGACUUGGUCACUAAGACUAAAAUGAGCUACGUGACUGACUGCUAUCCAUUAGUGCAACGAGCGGAAAACCAGACUGCAGACAAAAAUGAUUACAAUCGACUUCUGUAUCAGCUCGGCGAAUGCAAGGUAUUCGGAGGAAAUUGUGAGGGAUACAAAUCGUGUCACAGUCAAGAUAAUUGUACAUGUUUUGCUGGAUAUCGAGGAGAUCAAUGCACCUGCUGCCCUGGGAGAACAUUCGGCAAAGACUGCUCUGAGACAUCUUCCCGAUUCUGUUUCGAUGAAAAAUUCUCUAACAUAGACGGAACAUGUCUACUGGGUUGCGUCUCUGGAUAUCGUUACCCUGAAUGUCUUGAAGCAAUCGCAGAAAACCCGAACAAACCUUUCACGAAGCCACAGUAAAAUUUACAAAAGCGACAUCUGAACCUUGCACCGCUGAAAUAGCACCAUUCGACGAAGAAAAUCAUGGCGACGACCAGCGCUUGUAAAACAAACACCAUUUAGGGCAUGAAAACAGUUUUGAAGCUUUUAGUUUAGCCACUGUUUAAUUUUCCCAUUCAAUUUAUAAUAUUUCUAAUUAAAAUAAAUUGUUCUAG